AUGGCCUCCAAACGAAGAUUUGGCAUAGGGGCAAAGAAGAAUCGCAAUGAAGCCUUGCCGUCCUCACAAGUGGAUGAUCACAUAGCAGCUCUACGUGCUUUCGUUCAAGAACACAAAAACAAAAGAAAGCCGGCGCGCUCUUCUGGAAAACUUAGGGUUUUUGCAGACUGCGCUGGAAUUGGUUCAGAAACAAUCGCCUUGGGUCUGCUAGGUUUCAGAGAGCAAGACUUCGAGUUUGUCGGCGGAACCGAAAUCGACUCCACGAAGCAAUGCAUGUUGCAAGCUGUGCACAAGGCUUUCAAGUUGUCCACAAAGAAAGAGCAACUACAACGUGACAUCUUUGACCGGAGCUUGGAAAUCGCUUUUCGAUUUCCGAAGCCUCUGAAGUGCCCACGUCUCAGCUCUUUCUUGGAUACAGGCCGCAUCGGCAAUUACAAAGCGGACUUAGCAUCCUAUGAAGAGCGGCAUGGUGCUAGCAUUUGGAACGAAACUUUGGUGCUAGACAUUGGCGCAAGCCCGUCUUGGCAAAGCAAGAUGCAUGGUCUUUGCCCUUGCCUCAUCCGUACCCGGUGCAAGCAAAAAGGCUAUUACCUCCCCAAGCAGCGGCGCCUACUGGAUGGUGUGGAAUGCGCGCGUUUUCAAGGUGUCCCUGCCGAACUUUAUCGCCGAAUGCUUUCGAAUGUGAUGAGGAAGACAAAUCACACCACUGAGGAAGGAGCUGAAAAACAAAUCAUGGGCGCUUUGGGCGACUCCAUGUCCGUGAAUGUCUUGAUGCGCAUUUUGCCACGUGCGCUCAAAGCCGCCUCUUUAUGGCCAGCAUCUUUGAAAUUCAAAGAUCCAUGGGCCGAAUCUAGCGACCUUGCGUCUUUGUCGGAUCGCUUGUUUGAAGCUGCCUUCAGAGACGAUUGA